AUAUUGCAUUUGAUUUUCUGGUCUGGCGUACUACGAACGUUGUUUGGGUCCCCAUCUCUCAGCCCAACAACACUAACCGAUCUUCACUUCGGCUUCACUUCAGGUCUAUCUGCACUCCACUUCCUUUGCUCCCCCGGCUCUUUAAAAAUCUCUUCUAGGCACCAUGUUCAAAUCUCUGUUUGAUGCCGCGCAGAACUCAACGUUCAAGUCGCCAUUCACCAGCGUCAACUGCCAGGCUGCCACGCCUGCCGCAGCUCCCGCCCCAUCUGCCGUGGCUACCCCAUCCUUCAACGAUGUGUCCACCCGCAACCUGACCCCCAACCACAACAUUGCCGCCGCCGCAGCAGUUGCUCAGGGAGAUUCCUGUGAGUUCGGCUCGAACAAAUACUUCCUCCUCUGCGGCUUAGGUGGUAUCAUCUCCUGCGGCUCCACACACACCAUGGUGGUGCCCCUCGAUCUGGUCAAGUGCCGUCUGCAGGUGGACCCGGCCAAGUACAAGAGCGUGUUCAACGGCUUCCGUAUCAGCUUGGCGGAUGAGGGCGUCAAGGGUCUCGCCAAGGGCUGGGCACCCACUUUCAUCGGCUACUCGAUGCAGGGUCUGUGCAAGUUCGGCCUGUACGAGGUGUUCAAGGUAAUGUACGCGGACGCCAUCGGCGAGGAGAACGCCUUCCUGUACAGAACCGGACUGUACCUGGCCGCCUCGGCCUCCGCCGAGUUCUUCGCUGAUAUCGCCCUGGCUCCCAUGGAGGCCGCCAAGGUGAAGAUCCAGACCACACCCGGAUUCGCCAACACACUCCGCGAGGCUCUGCCCAAGAUGACCGCCCAGGAGGGUAUCUCUGCCUUCUACAAGGGCCUGGUGCCCUUGUGGAUGCGACAGAUCCCGUACACCAUGAUGAAGUUCGCCUGCUUCGAGCGCACGCUGGAGCUGCUCUACAAGUACGUGGUGCCCAAGCCUCGUGCCGAUUGCACCAAGGGCGAGCAGCUGGUGGUGACCUUCGCUGCCGGUUACAUUGCUGGUGUGUUCUGCGCCAUUGUCUCGCAUCCUGCCGACACUGUCGUCUCCAAGCUCAACCAGGCUAAGGGUGCCUCCGCUUUGGAUGUUGCCAAGCAGCUGGGAUGGUCUGGACUCUGGGGAGGAUUGGUUCCUAGGAUCGUGAUGAUCGGUACCCUCACUGCCGCCCAAUGGUUCAUCUACGAUGCCGUGAAGGUUACUCUGCGCAUGCCACGCCCACCACCACCAGAAAUGCCCGAGUCCCUGAAGAAGAAGCUGGGCGUAACUGGCGAGCAGUAAACCCAAUAUAAGUUAAUUGUUUUUAAAUAUAGAGCGAGCAGAAUGUUAAAAGAAUUAACCUGAAUUUGUAUAAAUAAACCACACAGUAAAUAAAAAUUACACAAAAACAAAGUA